AUGCAUGUUGAUAUUCAACUUAAAGGAACUCAGUUAACUGCUCUCUAUGACACUGGAUCACAAGCAACACUUAUUACGGAGAAAACAUACCGCAAAAGUGGUUCUCCACCAUUACAUCCUUCCAGAAUUACAUUCUCAGGACUUGGCCGAGACACAGUUCAAAGUAUUGGAUUCUUUGAGGACUACAUUCAAAUUGACAACACUAUUUUACCUGCUAAAAUCCAUGUAGUAAAAGACUAUAUGAUUCCUCUUGAUGCCAUUAUUGGAAUAGACUUUUUGCAACAAACUCAAUUUACAUUUGAUAAAGAUGGUAUUCAUUUAUGCAACAAUAAUAAUGAUCAAAUUUUUGUUAAUGUUGCUAAUGUUACUCAUGAUCGCACAUUUCCACCUGAUCUUUCACACAUCUCAAAAUCGGAAAUUCUCGAAGAAAUUCAACAUAUCAUUAAUCCUCACAACCCACACGAAGUUAAGACUGCUAUGGAAGAUUUUCAGAAAAUAACAGAAAAUGAAAUUCAGUUGAAGAAAACAGAUCAACCCCCAGGCGAGGACGCCCGGCAAGGCAGAAUGGCCGUGUAGUAAUGCGCUCCUACAACUCAACCUUCCUCCUUCCUAAAUCUGGCAACAGCGACAGCAGCGAGAUACUUCUUCAAGCUGUGUGGGGAAAUGGACAGACUUGCAUUCCGAUGAUGUGAGAACGUGGCGUUGGAUGGAGCUGAACCAUGCCUCUCGAAAACAUUGAUUGAUGAAGCGAUUCUGUUUCAUGAUGAACAUUUUAUCUUACUUCCUUUCACACUGUAAAUAACAUAAUCAUGUUUAUUCUUUCAUCAUUAAAUACCCUUAAAAUGCUACUGCCUUCCUCUAUUUUAAUCCUAACCUCAUCCUACAAGGAACUCCAUCUGCACUUUUGAAAACAACUGCAACUUCAUUUUCGUUUGAGCGUUGUAACGUAAUCAGUACUUACCUGUAAUAACACUUUCGCCCUUGAUGUACUAUAUAUGGAUAGCACCAGCAGAUUCAGCACCUUGUUCUCGUAGAGUUCUUUCUUCAGCUAUUGUUCAGCAUCUUGUAGGCUUCUGCAUAUGCAUUCACAUUCCUUAAAAUUACAUAGAAUUGUGUUAGAAUUACAUAAAAUUACAUAGAAAUCGCAGCAAGCUUCCAUCGAACCGACACUGUGUUGCUCAACGUAAACUUCGAGUCCAAAUCUUUCUGCGUGAAGAGUGGCACGUGAAUAUCGUGCUGUAUUCAAGCGAAACCUGUCUUCUCGAAUAGCCAUUGUUUCUUCAGAUUGGACUUGUAUGUUAUGUAAAGCUUCUUGCAUUCUUCGUUUAAUGGCAUCCUGUUCUAACUCUUUCACUCGAAUUUGACGAUGAUGCUGAGAUUUGUGUCCUUCGUCUACUUGCAGCUUCUUCUGUCUCUUCAUCAAGCAUAUUCUGUUGACAUUCCAUUUGUCUGAUGAGCCUCCUACUCGUUUCUGAUUUAGUUUCUUGAGCACAAAACGUUUCUUGAAUUUCUCCUUGUCUGCUGAUCGUGCUAUUGGUUUCUUCUUCACUUUCUUGAGCGCGUAAGUUUUCUUGUGGAUGUGCCUGCCUGCUGAGUCUCCUAGCCGUUUCUUCUUCAGUUUCUUUUAAUUGACAAAUUUUCUUGUCGUUGUGCUUGCCUUCUCAGUCUCCUAGUGGUUUCUUCUUCCUUUUCUGAAGCUUUUUGUAACCUUUGUGCUUCAGCUCUUUAUCUUCUUAAUGCAUCUCCCGUAAUGCCUCUUUUGCCUUUUAGCAUUUUAAUAAAUUUAAAAACAAAUAACACUAUA